GGCAGCGCCGCGCCGCUGCCGGGCGGGGGAAGGCAGGCGGGUGGGAGCCGGCCGGCGGGGCGGGAGGUGUCGCCGGUGCCGCCCGGCGUGUCCCCGGCGUCUGCCCUGCGCUUUCUGACUUUAGGGAGCCGCCACAGAGCCCGCUCGGCCCCGAGGCUGCCGCGGGGGAUGCGGUGCUUCAUGCCCGGCGUGGCUUUCGUGCCCGCUUUGCUCGUCACCUGGUCCUCGGCCUCCUUCAUCAUCCCCUACGUGGUGGCCGUGCUGGCGGGUCACAUCGACCCCUUCGUCCCCUACAUCAGUGACACUGGAACAAAACCUCCAGAAAGUGGUAUCUUUGGUUUUAUGAUUAAUAUUUCAUCAGUUUUAGGUGUAGCUACAAUGUAUAUCAGAUAUUUAAUAGUAGAAAAGCAAAAUGGGUCAUCACACUUUAUUAGUUCUUCAUUCAACAUACUUUCAUUAUGUAUUGGACUGAUGGGUUGUGCUGGAAUGGCCAUUGUUGCAACUUUUCAGGAGCUGUCUGUUCCCAGUGUCCAUGACAUAGGAGCUUUGGUGGCAUUUGCCUCUGGUGUUGUAUACAUUACACUUCAGUCUAUUAUCUCUUACAAGUCCUGUCCACAAUGGAACACUUACCUUGCGUGUCACAUAAGGAUGGCCAUAUCUGUAAUAUCAUGCAUUGCUGUUAUUCCCAUGAUUGUGUUUGCUUCACAAAUUUCCAUGACAAAAAUUCAUUGGAUUGCAAAUGAAAAGGAUUAUGUUUAUCAUUUUGUGAGUGCAGUCUGUGAAUGGAUAGUGGCCUUUGGUUUUAUCUUCUUCUUUUUCACCUUCAUUAGAGAUUUUCAGACUUUUGGAUAUUCGAGUUCCUCAUAACAUUGUUGGAUCUGUGCAAAAGUGGAGAAGAGACCUUAAGAGAGUUUCUUUAAGGAUAUCAACAGAAAUGCAUGAAGACUGCUGAUCCUGGAGAAAAUUAUAUUUUGUAUAGAUGAACAUUUUAGAAUUGUUUUUAUUUACAUAAAAUGUUGCAGAGGAACAGGGAUUUUCAAAGGUGAAGAACCCAUGCCAUUAAUUCUGCAACAUCUACAAUAGCAUCCAACAAAACAUUUUAAAUACUAGCAAGUUUCCUGCAUUUCCUUCCCCCUGGCUGGGGCUCUCUUUUUAUACUAUUUUGUAACUUUUUUUACUGUCUGAUAUAUUAAAACUACCAUAAUAGAAGAAAUCUGUAGCGGCACUUCAAAGGCUUUUGGAGAUGUGGAUCUCCUCAGCUCUUCUCUUUUGGACAUAUCCAUAUUUUUUUUAUUUGUUACAUUCUAAUUAGUGGCAUUAGUUUUAAACUUUAGAAAGUACAUUUUUCAGAUUGUUCGCAAAGUCUAAAGAAAAUGCAAAACACUAAAUUCAUUGAAUUCCUACUCUGUUAAGUUGCAAGAACUAUGUGAAAGAAGAUGUGAGCAGAAGCAGGCAUCUUUGUUUCAAGACAGGAAAUUAAUAGUGGACUGCAACACUAUGCUACUUGUUUCUGACAAUGGACAUUGUAUACAAAUAUAAAUCCUAGGAGAAGUUUAAACUAUACUGCUUGCAAAAAUGUUUUCUAAUCAUCACUGCAAUGAAUGUUGUAAACGUCUACCCUCUCCACUCUAUCCAUUGCUGGCCAUAGGAAGCUUAAAAUUGAAGUGAGAAGAGAGAGGAACAAUGAAAUUAUAUUUAUGCAAGACCUAGUAAAGGGAAAUCUUACUGCCAUUUGGUUAAUUCUGAGCAAACAUUUUCCAGUCUGUGUUUUAACCUACAAUGAUAGAAUGAAGAGAGCCUUCGCAGAGUCUUUGGGAGUGAAUGGAAAACAAGAGGCACUGAAGUCUUCAGUUAUAUGUGUAUUUUUAUACAUAUAUAAAACUGGAAAAAAAUCCUGGAGAGCUUCUACAGUUAAGAUAUGGCAUAUUUGCUGCUAUAAACUUCUGUGAUGAAAGGACUGGAAGGGAACUUUAUGGCACUAACUGAAGAGUCAAAUGUUACAAGUAUGUGGAGGCAAAAUGGUCUUUCAUGGACUGAUUCACUACCUCCAUUUAAUGCACUAACCACUCAGCUAUCAAUCAAGUUCUGUGAAAAUUACAAUUGCCAUGCUCUAUCACAGGUUUAUGCAAAAAUUGCUGAUUUUCCAUGAGAUAAAACAAAUGUUUUCUUUGGAAAGUGCUGUCUAAGACUAGUCAUCUGUUGGUUUUUCCUUUAAUGUGUAUUUUAAACUGUACCAAAUUCAGCUGCUUCACAAAUUAAAGAGUCUGUGUUUUCUUUAUAUGUUCAUCCAAAUGAAAACAGUGAGAAUGUUUUCCAGUGGCAGCUUUACUUUCUAUAGCAUUCAGGUUAUUUUGUAGGUGUUUGUAAUUAUGAUCAUGUUGAAAAUCAAAUCUAGUAUAGAUUGAUGCAAGAGUUGUGUCAUGCUGAUUAGGUGUCCCAGAAAGGGCACACAUUCCUUAGAGUGCCAGGUCAGAAAUACUUUUAUACCCCACAAGAAAAUGUAUACCAACCAUAUAAAAAGUGACAACAUGUUAUUUUAAAGACAAUGUUAAGAAAAGACCAUUUUUCUUAGCAUAUUGUGUAUUUUUCUCCCAACUCUUUAUUUCUAGCUUUCUCAAACUUGGGUGUAAGAAGCUUGAACUUGUUUUUUCAAAUUAUAUCAGAUUUCAGCUCAUCAAUUUACAGAACUCUUUACAAGGAUAAAUGAAAUCUGUUAAUUUGAAGUUCAGCCUUCUGUAAUACUUACUGUGUUUUUACAGUGAAUCCAAGUCCAUUUACAGAAGAAAAGAAUUCUUUGUUUUGCUCUGAUUUAAAUAGGAAUCACCACAGAACGAACACUGAAGAAAGAGCAUUAAACAGUUCCCCAUAAGAGGCUCCUAACACAGGCUCAUACUUAGUCUCUUAGAACCCUGUCUUCUUCAAAAUAAUCCAUAUUCAGCCUGCUUAUCUUUACAUUGUUUACAAUUUCCUAAAGAAAAAAAAGAGAACUUUUUCAGAGAAAGUGGCUGAAUGAAGAUUUUUUUUUUUUGCUGAAAUCAAAGUGUUAAUUCAAGCAUUCAAGCACUAAUGUAGCUGAAUGAAAUCCUUCUUCCUUUUUUGUGCUUUAUCAUCAUGCAUUUUAUAUAAGUUACAUUUAUGACCAAAAGAAUGCAUCAUCAACAAUUUACUUUGUUUAAUUCAUUAGGCUGAAAACAUCAGCAUGCCUAAACAUAUGAAUUCAGACAAAGGAUUAUUACUCUUUAAUUUGUGCAGUGAACAAAUACUGAAAACAUUUUGAUAUUUCUCUGGCUCCAGGCAGCAAGAUCUUUUCAACCAAGAUUCUAAUUUUUUUUUUCAGUUGAAAGAUGAGCUGACAUAUGGCAGGCAAUUAAAAAAAAAAAUUAUUCUACCCAGUUGUAUCACAUUAGCUGUGGAUGUCUCUUGUAAAAUAAUACUAAUAAAUUUGUUACACCCCAGUGAUCUCUAUAGGUUAGUACAGGUAGUGUCAUAAUACACUUCUGUUGCUUUGCAACAGCCCAUUUUUCCACGACUAUUUUUGAAUUUCUUAGCCAUAAGAAAUGUAUUUUUUUUCUUGGGAGCUACACUAGAAAUAUUUUUACUAUCUGCUCUGUUUGUCUGAUGUUUUCUAUUUGUCCAUCAUGAGUGAUUGAAAAACUUCUUUUGUAUCAACUACAGUAAAUCCCAUGACAGUUA